AUGGAAGACAAGGGUGGCCGCAGGAGGAGAUCUAGUAGCAUUCUCCAGGUCUACCAUGAGCCUCUUGAGCCCGUUGAGCAGCUGAGCGAUCAGGCUGCCCUCCCCAACUUGAAUGCCAACUGGGUAAACGCAAAGGGCGCAUGGACAAUCCACUUCGUCCUGAUCCUCGCCCUCAAGAUCAUAUACGACAUUGUCCCCGGUGUCUCACAAGAAACGUCAUGGACGCUGACCAACAUCACGUACAUGAUCGGCUCGUACAUCAUGUUCCACCACGUCCGGGGCGUGCCCUUUGAGUUCAACGGCGGCGCCUACGACAACCUGAACAUGUGGGAGCAGAUCGACGACGGAGCCCAGUACACGCCCGCCAAGAAGUUUUUGCUGAGCGUGCCCAUUGUCUUGUUCCUGCUGAGCACGCAUUACACGCACUACGACUUGACGUACUUCAUCAUCAACUUUUUGGCGGUCAUGGCGGUCAUCAUUCCCAAGUUGCCUUACAGCCAUCGUAUGCGUGUCGGCCUCUUCUCUGACAUCCCAGAGGAAUAG